CGAGAGCCCAGCAGUGGUGCUGAUGUUGAGAGAAGCCCAGGGUACCACUAAUUGAAGGAGUGAGAAGAGAACAGCUCGCUUUGGAAUCCGGACUGCAGGGUUGUGAUCUGAGUUCUGAGCUGCUGAUAAACACUCCCUGUGACUUUGGUCAAUUCAGCCACCAGAUUCCAGCCAACAUGACCCUCGCAGCCUACAAGGAGAAGAUGAAGGAGCUCCCACUGGUGUCUCUGUUCUGCUCCUGCUUCCUGUCUGAUCCCCUGAAUAAAUCGUCCUACAAAUACGAAGGCUGGUGUGGGAGACAGUGUAGGAGGAAAGGUCAAAGCCAGCGGAAAGGCAGUGCUGACUGGAGAGAAAGAAGAGAACAGGCAGACACAGUGGACCUGAACUGGUGUGUCAUCUCCGACAUGGAGGUCAUAGAGUUGAACAAGCGUACCUCGGGCCAGUCCUUUGAAGUCAUCCUGAAGCCACCCUCCUUCGACGGGGUGCCCGAGUUCAAUGCCUCCCUCCCCCGGCGGCGAGACCCAUCAUUAGAAGAGAUCCAGAAGAAGCUAGAAGCAGCGGAGGAGCGGAGGAAGUACCAGGAAGCCGAGCUCCUGAAGCACCUCGCAGAGAAACGAGAGCAUGAGCGAGAGGUGAUCCAGAAAGCUAUCGAGGAAAACAACAACUUCAUCAAGAUGGCCAAAGAGAAGCUGGCACAGAAGAUGGAGUCUAAUAAGGAGAACCGGGAGGCCCACCUGGCCGCCAUGUUGGAGCGGCUGCAAGAGAAGGACAAGCACGCAGAGGAGGUGCGGAAAAAUAAGGAGCUGAAGGAAGAGGCCUCCAGGUAAAGCCCUGAGGCCAAGAAAGUUUCCAGGACAGCCGGACAGCUCCAGCAGCAACCUGGUUCCAGCAGCCUCGGCCUCUGGCUGCUCUCCCAGCACUGGGAUUUGGGGGGAGGGGGGUGGCCAAGGGGGCGUUUCCUCUGCUUUUGGUGUUUGUACAUGUAAAGAAUGACCAGUGAAGCCAUCCUAUUUGUUUCUGGGGAACAAUUAUGGGGUGGGAGAGGGGACAGAAGGAGAGAGUGUGGAAAAGGAGGUGGAGAAGAGCCCGCGGACAUUGCGACACUGUCCACUGACUGCAGACUUGGGCCAAGGCCCCCGUUUUUCACGGCUCUGCCUGGACAUCCGGCCUCCAGGUUUCGAGUGGAGAGAAGAUGAGAAUCAGGACAGAAGUUCAGAGUGAAGGGCAGAGUCCUGGUGGGGCAGUGGCUUCAGGGCCAGCAGGACAAGCCCAUCCGGAGGGAGUGAGACCCCCCCUGCAGUGGGCGGGAUAAGGUCUGUGUGAGUGUGUGUGUUCAUUGUCAUCUUUUGAUCAUCAUGACCAAUGAAACAUUUACUUCAAG